GCACCUUGCUCCCGGCGCCCCCGCCCCGCGCCGCGCCAGCCCCUCCCCGCGCGGCCCGCGCCCCCGCCCGCCCGCGACCGUUCCAGCCCCUUCCGUCCGCUCGCCCCGCCGCUGUCCUCCGCCGGCCCGCGUGGGAGGACGAUGGGUCAGCGCGGAAAAAGUGAAUGAGGGCGGCGGCGGCGGCAGCGAGUGCCUGACUCGGCCGGGCCCGGGCCCCGCGCGCGCCCCCCGCCCGCCGACUCCAUGGACGCACCGCGCGCCUCGGCGGCCAAGCCCCCUACCGGGAGGAAGAUGAAGGCUCGCGCCCCCCCUCCUCCUGGAAAGCCCACCACGGCGAAUGUGCACAGCGAACAGAAGCCUCCCCGGGACGUGUCCCCCAGCCCGCCGCAGAACCUGCUGCACGUGAAGGAGAACUUGAGGAACAGCAUGGUGGCGGUCACCGUGGUUCUGCCCAGCGGGCUGGAGAAGAAGAGUGUGGUCAGUGGCAGCCAUGCGAUGAUGGACCUACUGGUUGAGCUCUGUCUCCAGAACCACCUGAACCCAUCCCACCACGCCCUCGAGAUCCGGUCUUCCGAAACCCAACAGCCUUUGAGUUUUAAGCCAAAUACUUUAGUUGGGACCCUGAAUGUGCACACUGUAUUUCUCAAAGAGAAAGUUCCCGAAGAGAAGGUGAAGCCUGCUCCACCCAAGGUACCUGAGAAAUCUGUGCGCUUGGUAGUGAAUUACCUGCGAACCCAAAAGGCCGUUGUGCGUGUGAGCCCUGAAGUGCCACUCCAGAACAUUCUGCCCGUCAUCUGUGCGAAGUGUGAAGUCAGUCCAGAGCACGUGGUUCUCCUCAGGGACAAUAUUGCCGGGGAGGAGCUGGAACUUUCCAAGUCCCUCAACGAGCUGGGGAUAAAGGAGCUCUACGCAUGGGACAACAAACGAGUUCUUCUGACCAAAACUCAGUCGGAGCCCUCCCUGAGCUCUCAAGAAACUUUUAGAAAAUCCUCGCUUGGCCAUGAUGAGACAGAUAAAGAGAAGAAAAAAAUUCUGGGAUUUUUCAAGGUUAAUAAAAGAAGCAGUAGUAAGGCUGAGCAGAUCGGGCGGUCCGGGGUGGACAGUGAUGAGGACACCUCACAGUCCGCUUUGGGAAGGGGCUCAAACGGCUGCCUGACGACGCCCAACUCCCCAUCGGUGAACUCCCGCUCCGUCAAGUUGGGCCCAUCCCUGUCGCUCAGCAACAUCUCAGGGGUGUCUGUGAGGUCGGACCUGAAGAAGCGGCGGGCGCCCCCUCCCCCGACCCUGCCAGGCGCGGGGCCACCAGCGCAGGACAAAGUCUCGGAAAAGGUGUCUCUAGGGUCCCAGGUUGACCUGCAGAGAAAGAAGAGGCGGGCGCCAGCCCCCCCGACGUCGCAGCCCCCGACGCCGCAGCCCCCAACGCCACAGCCCCUGACACCGCCGAGCCCCCUGGUGCCCCCUCGCACGCAGGACAGGGAGGAGAACAGGAAGAGCGCCACGGGUGUUGGACGGCAGGUGCCACAAAAACCUCCCAGAGGCUCUGCUCGGGGGCCCCCCCAGCUAGUGCUCCCCCCACCCCCGCCCUACCCUCCUCCCGACACAGACAUGGCGGAGCCUCUCGGCUUUCCUGGGGAGAGUGCUGGUUCCGAGGCCUCGGACCUGAGACCCACACUGAGCCUGCCCCUGGGCCCCAGCAGUUCCUGCGGCACAGACAGGGUCCCGCCGGUGCUGUCUGAGGCCGAGGAGACAGUGUCUGUCAGCAGCUGUUUCGCAUCAGAAGACACAGCUGAGGACUCUGGAGUGGUGAGCUCCCCCUCAGACAUCAUCUCCCUGGACUCCCAACAUGACAGCUUGAAAUCCAAAGAUAAGUGGGCCACAGACCAGGAAGACGGCAGUGACCAGGACCUGGCUGGAACUCCAGAACCGGGUCCCCAAAAGAGCCCCACGUGGGAGAGGAACAGCUCUGGGAACUGGCAUCCAAGACCCGAAGCGACUAUAACCUCCAGUGGCGAAGAAGACCUGUUUCUCACUGGGCAGUUCCAGAAGACCCUCGAGGAGCUGGAUGAGGAGCUGGAAGAACUGGAAGGGAGCUCAGAAGCCAGCAGCAGCCUGCCGACAGGCUCUGUGAAUGGCCUGUCCCCUCCCUGUGUGCCAGAAGCCACUGUCCCCGAGUUCGAUGAGGACACAAUCCCAGUCACCUUCAUCGGGGAGGUUUUCGAUGACCCUGUAGAUUUGGGGAUGUUUUCCAAUAGAAACAACAACGCUGGUUCUUUUGACCUGGGGGGCACAGUGGGCCUGGAAGCCCCCCCACCACCACGUCAGGGGGAGCACAGCCAGCAACAGGGAAGGAAGGCAGAAGGGCCCAGCUCACCCGCUCCUCCCCACGACAUCGGGAAAGAAAGCAAACCCGCCCCAUCCAACCCCUCUGAGGCUGUGAAUCUGACUAAAAUGGAGCCCAAGGUGACUUCUGCUGCAGCGUUUCCCAUGCACAGCCCAGAUGCAGAACAGAGCAGCGAGGGGCCUGGCUCUGCCCUCGGUGGGAAGACGCAGGCCAGCAAGAAGGCAAGUGCCCAGCCAGUGAGGGACAGGGAAGGCGAGGGUAAGAGCUGUGGCUCGGCACCACCAUCGUGGUAUCAACGGGGCCAAAACCCAGGGGGAAGUUACGGGCUUAGAUACGGCCUCACGACGUAUAAAAUCGUUCCUCCGAAAUCAGAGAUGAGGUGUUACGACAGAGGGGUCUCGCUCUCAACGGGUGCCAUCAAGAUUGAUGAGCUCGGGAAUCUGGUGAGUCCCCAUGUGAACGGGGGCAGGACCACAGCCCUGUCACCGUCCACCCUUGACUCGGAAACCCAACCCAUUGGAAAGGUCAAAGAGUUCUGGAGGUCCAACUCCCUAGAGAAACACUCUGGCCAGCCCACGGAGGGCUCCGCCAAGAGGACCCCCACUGCCGCCACGCCAGCAAAGCCACAGCCUCAAGAAAGCCAACUCCCAGGCCCCAAAGUGACAUCGCCCCCGCAGCAGUCUGCCCAUCGAGAAGAGGGGAGACAUCCAGAGGAGGGCGAAAGCCGGCCACCCGUGCAAGCCCCUGGUCAUGGGAAAGUGCCAGCAGCGAACGCCACAGAAGUCCCAUUUCUCAAGCCUCAGAGAAGAACGUCCAGUCAGUACGUGGCCUCUGCCAUUGCCAAGAAGAUGGGGCCCCAGAAAGCCCCUGCUGACAUGGUGAGGAACCAUGGGCAUGCCAAGGAGACCUGGGAAGGCAGAGCACCAGAGCUGGACAGACCGCCUCCCGCGAGGAGAGAUGGCACGGCCCCCAGGCCAUACCCAGACACAUGCUCCCCUACCGAAAGUGAAGCCUCGGCAGUAGGAGCCCUGCCCAGAGCACAGGACAGCGGCCCUCCGGGAAAGCUGUGCACUCCAGACUAUCCUGCUGGUGUCCACAGAGGUCCCCACGUCCCGCCCGUCAGGAAUCACGUUUCUGUGACACAGAGCUGGAGCCUCAGGGGAAAGCUAAGCACCAGGAACCCUGGGACCAGCUCAGCUUCUGCCCCCAAGUACACACUGGACGGUCCAGAGCCCCCGCCUCCCCGCCCAGGAGACAAUCAGACCCUGAGCAGGACCCUGGUGAAUGGCUCCCGGUGGGUCCCCAUCCACGCCGAGCCUCCUUGCUCUCCGAGAGGGUCUGGCAUGAAUAACCACGCCCAACAGGAGCCCCCAGAGCACGAGGAAAAGCCCAGUUUGUUGUGCACAGAUGUGCCUGAGACGGACAGUACGUUGCCAUCCAGCAUCUUUGGGCCAAAGAAGAAAUUCCGACCCGUGGUCCAGAGGCCAGCCCCAAAAGACACGUCGCUGCACAGCGCUCUCAUGGAAGCCAUCCACUCGGCGGGAGGGAAGGACAGGCUUCGCAAGAUUGCAGAGCACACGUCCGAGGGAGGGCCCAGGAAGCCGUGCUCCACGGAGACAGCAGGCGAGCGCUCCGCGCUGCUGGCGGCCAUCCGAGGGCACCGCGGUGCCUGCAGCCUGCGGCAGGUGUCAUCCUUUGCCUCUGAGGAGCUGCGGAGCUUCCGGGAUGCAGAACCGUCCUCCGAGCCACCUGGACGGCGUGACCUUGGCCUUCAGCCCCCGCCCUCCCUGCCGCCCCCGCCCCCGCCCCCAUCGGCCACACAGGUUCCCUCCGUGUCCAGGACGGCAGCCAGCUCCAGCUCCAGAGACCCCGCUGAAGCCAGGCAGGCCCUGAUGGACGCCAUCCGCUCCGGCAUGGGGGCCGCAAGAUUGAGAAAGGUGCCCUUGCUCGUAUAAAUCAUUGAGAAGAUCAGAUCAUGGCAGAAACCCACCUGUGAGCCAUCCAUAGUCACUGCUCGAGGACGCCGCGUGGCAGAGGGCGUUGGGAUUUGGUGAACUUUCUUGUCUACAGGCCAAACUCACACAAUUGAUUUUCAGUCCUGCAAAAUGGUUCCCAGGGAGGGCGAGGUGCUGCUCAGCUGUGUGGCGUGUGUGCCAAGGAAACACGUUUGCCUCUGAAUAUUUCAAGUUGCCAACAAACUAUUCUUGUUGGCAGGUUAAUGGGGUUAUAAAUGCUGGAGCCCAGCGCUACCCUUAAUUAUGGUGACCUUAGACUGAUUCUGGAACUUUGAGAUUUUACCAAAUAGAGAUGGUAAAGACCACGUAGCUGUUUGAAAUCUUUUGAAUUCCUAGGAAAUAUGUUUAAACCAAUUGAAACAAUCUGAAUGUAAUACACUCUGUGAUGUUCUCGGUAGCAAGAAAGGAGCAGAAGAUGACUUCAUUGAGUAAAGAAAUCACUGGAUUUUUAAUCUCAUAAAUGUGGGGUUACAACCUCACAGAGGGUCUCAGACCAUCAUCCGACCAACUAAGCUUUUAAAAAAUCAGCAGUUAUCAUCCAGAAUAAAAUCACACUUGAUGUCUGAACAGGUGUUUCUGAUUCUCCAACGGUGGCAGUGACAGAGGUCAGAAAGGCAUUGGUGCAGAUGGUCCGUGCCCCACUUUGCAGGCGUCCCCAGCAGGCUGGGAAGUAGAAUGAGCGCCCCCCCCCCCAAACCCUGGGAGGGCUAUAUAUGGAGCCUGGUGACUGCCCUGAGAACCUUCUGAAAUCCUCCAUGGGACCAAGAGCAGGGACACUGGGUGUCUUGCAUGUCACCACGAUUGGAUCAAAACUGUGCUGGUAUUUCAUGGUUUGGGUUCAGUCUGAGCACCUUUGCCCAAUCGAUCAGUAGCACCCCUGUAUCAUGUGGGAGGCUUUUCUUAGCACCCAGAAUUCUGCCCUCAGUAUUUAUAAUGUUUAGACACAGCGCUAGUUUUUCACAUCUCUCUCUAAAGCCUUUUGUUAUGUUGAAAAGAGCUCUCUAAGAGAUGAAUAGAAAUCAAGAGGAGUUCAUGAAAUAAAAUCCCUAUCUUAAUGGAACAACAAAUAUAGUGAGAUCAUUUUAAUAUUUCACAACUGUUUCAGAUCAAGGUGUCCCGUAGAUUGGAAACUUUUGCUCCACAUUGUCUGAAGACAAUCGCUCACCUUCCCGGUGUGACAAGAGCAUCAGCCUGUCUCUCUUAAGCCACGCUGUCUCUCUGUGUCUUUUAGUGCCACAAAUAAAAAAAAAAA